AAAAAUACAAGUUGACAUGUCUACAAUAAGAUACCUUUGGGAUAAAAUUCAAUACAGAUAUUAAAAAAAGUCAAUAGCGAAUACAUAUACUUUGCCCAUCUGUCUUUAUGCGAAUGCGAGGAUAUUUGGCCAUGUACUUGCUGCUCCUCCGCCUGCUCUUUCACUGCACCUCCAGUCACAUCCUGGUCAAGAGGCAACUCCACAAGCGAAUGGUCAAUCCGCGAAUGCUCCUGAAUGAUUUUGCAGCCAUUAAGGGAACCGAAGUCGGAGUAGCUGCUGUCAAAAAAUCUGUGAGAUCAGUCGAUCAGGCAGAUGUGCGUUAUGAUGUCGGAGGAGCGGGGUCAGGAGCGGGUUCGGGAGCUGGUAACGGAGCAGGAGGAGCUGGAACCGGAGGAGGAACUGGAGAACCGGGGAGCAAAAAUUCCUCCCAAAAGGAAUGUCAAGGCCAAGGCGAGCCAAACGCCAAAUGCAAUGCAAAGGCAGUGAUCACGCCAGGAGAUCCCAAGCAGAAGUCCUCUGCGAUAGCCAUGAAAGCUGCCCAGGAUGCCAAGGCGGCCAGUGAGGCCCAAGCGGCGGCUGGCCAGGCUGCAGCCCACCACAUUAAGUUGGAGCUGGCAGAGAAGGCCUUCCAGUCGGCCAAGGCAGCCGAGGCUGCACUGAUGGGCAAGCAGAUGAUGGUGGACCAGCUGGAGCAGGAGGUCCAGGAGGCCAGCGCCGUGGUGGAGGAGGAGACCAACGCCAUCCACCACACGGAGGCCAACAUGAAUGCCGCCGUGGAGGCGGCCAAAGCGGCUACCCAGCAGUUCGAGACCAUCAAUGAGUUGCAGAAGAACUCCAGAGAGGCCCUGGCAAACAUUCAAGCGGUGGCCCUGGGAUCCCAGCAGGAAUUAGCGGCCAAAACGCAACUCCUGGAGGCCGCCCGCAACCGGAUGGCCACGCUGCAAAAACAAUUGGUGGCGGCCCACGACGAUUACGAGAAAACUAAGACAGCAGCCUACAAAGCAGCCUGUGCCGCGGUGGAGGCCAAACAGAGGGCUGGAAACGCCCUGGUAUCCUAUUAUAUUUAUUAAAUUUCUUAUAUUUUAA